AUGUCAUGGGGUCCGAUGCUAUUACAUAUCAUCUCGAUAAAUCUUGACAAUGCCACGUUACGAGCAUGGGAAACCCAAGCUCCUAAAACCGAGGUACCAAAGGUCGAAGAAUUGAUAGCAUUUUUAAAAAACCGUUUCCRAAUCUUAGAAUCGAUUGAAAACGCGCAAGGCUUGCACAGAUUUGGAAAUGGGCUGUCACAAAUGCCGAUAAGAGACAAUAAAAUAAAGGUAAACAUUAAGAACAAAAACAAGUCAUUAUUUGCACACACCACGGUAGUAAAAUUCAAAUGUUAUGUUUGCGAAGAACCUCACGCGAUUUAUAAAUAUAGUAAGUGCAAGUCUAAAGGGUGUCGAAAAUGUGGAGAACACCACAACACGCUGCUGUACGAAAAUAUUGCCGAACAAAAUGCAGAAACUGUGCCAUCUACGUCAAUAAGUGCGCAUGCAGCUAGUACAUCGGGCGCUAAGGUUUUGUUAUCUACGGCAAUAAUACAGAUUYUUAGUAGUUCAAACGAACCAUUUUUAGCCCGUGCGUUACUAGAUUCCGCGUCACAAGGUAAUUUCAUCACUAACAAUUUAGCGAAUAAAUUGAGGCUCGCAAAACACAAAUUUGAUUGCGCUAUUUCCGGAGUGAACUCUGCCGAAUGUCGAGUAUCACAUGUAGUCACGGCCGAAGUACGUGCGCGGUCCGACGCGUAUACAAGAUCAAUCGAAUUCAUGACAUUACCAAAGAUAACGUCUAAAUUGCCGACCGGUCCGUUACAUAUAAACAACACAUACACAAUACCGGAGUAUAUUGAGUUCGCCGAUCCGACGUACGCGAAACCCGGAGAGAUGGAUUUGCUUUUAGGGGCCGAAGUAUUUUUUGAUGCGCUUCGUUCUGGUCAAUAUAGACCGAUGGUAAAUGGUCUUGUAUAUCAAGAAACCGUCUUUGGGUGGGUUGUUGCGGGGUCUGUACAACAGGACUCGCGCGAUGUAGAGCAUACAUUUGUCGCACAGACGAUUAUACCGAGCGAUUGCUGUCAACAGCUAGAAAAACAAAUUUCCAACUUUUGGCGUCUGGAAGAGUUAGGAAGCGUAGAAUCCCACAGCCUUGAAGAAAAACAAUGUAUUGAACAUUUUGAAAAAACAGUKACUAAAGGGUUAGACGGAAGAUUACGCAUUAACCCGAAAUUAAAGGAGGCAUAUGUACAGUUCAUAAACGAAUAUAUAGAACUAGGUCAUAUGGAACAAGUAAUCGACAACAAUGAAAACGAUAAACCAGUUUAUUAUUUAYCACACCACGCCGUGUCACGCGAUAACAGUUUAACGACAAGGCUGCGGGUAGUGUUCGACGCGUCGUGUGCUACAGAUACGGGGAAGAGUCUUAAUGACAUUCUAUUAAAAGGACCGUCAAUUCAAGAUGAUCCAUGUCAUAUGCUAAAGUUGGUCAGAAAUACUUUUGGUUAG